CGCGGACCGCAGGGGCUCGCCCGGGCCCGCAACCCCCGAGCCGGCGCAGGCCCGCCCGCCGCUGCCCAGCCCGCCCCCGGCUCGGGGCGGGGCGCUCGCCCUACGCCCCUUUAUCAGCCGGCUCGGGGGCCCGCCUGGGAGCGUGCGGGUCGGAGCUGCCUGUCCCCGCGCCCCUGGGCCACAGCCUCUUGUUGAGUAGGGAACAGAAGUCAGUCAAAUUUGCCUGACAACCAACCACCAGACCAGGACACCCGAUCUCAGCCCAGUUCUGUCUGCUUUGCUGUGUGAUCUUGGCUCCCUCCCUGAUCCACAGCUAUGGCCACUGGAGUGGCCCAGAAGCUCAGCCACCACCCAUCGUCCAGUUUGCGGCAGCUCCACCGGGAACCCCAGCCACCCGCACAACCAGAGUCUGUCUUCACAGUGGACAGAGCCGCGGUGCCUCCCCUCUUCUGGAAGCCCUACAUCUAUGUGGGCUACCGGCCGCUGCACCAGACCUGGCGCUUCUACUUCCGCACGUUGUUCCAGCAGCACAACGAGGCAGUGAACGUGUGGACCCACCUGCUGGCGGCACUGAUGCUGCUGCUGCGGCUGGUCCUCUUUGUGGGGACCGUGGACUUCUGGGGAGACCCUCAUGCCCUGCCCCUCUUCAUCAUUGUCUUCGCCUCCUUCACCUACCUCUCACUCAGUGCCCUGGCUCACCUCCUGCAGGCCAAGUCCGAGUUCUGGCACUAUUGCUUCUUCUUCCUGGACUAUGUGGGUGUGGCUGUGUACCAGUUUGGCAGCGCCCUGGCGCACUUCUACUACGCCAUUGAGCCUGCCUGGCACGCUCAGGUGCAGGCCAUUUUCUUGCCCAUGGCUGCCUUUCUCGCCUGGCUUUCCUGCACUGGCUCCUGCUACAACAAGUAUAGCCAGAAACCCGGCCUGCUGGGCCGCACUUGCCAGGAGGUGCCCUCGGCUCUGGCUUAUGCAUUAGACAUCAGUCCUGUGGUACACCGCAUCCUGGUAUCCCCCAGCCCUGCCACAGACGACCCAGCUCUUCUUUACCACAAGUGCCAAGUGGUUUUCUUCCUGAUGGCUGCCGCCUUCUUCUCAGCCUUAAUGCCCGAGCGCUGGUUCCCUGGCAGUUGCCACCUUUUUGGGCAGGGCCACCAAAUAUUCCACGUCUUCUUGGUGCUGUGCACACUGGCUCAGUUGGAGGCAGUGGCGCUGGACUACAAGGCCAGGCGGCCCAUCUACGAGCCUCUGCACACCCGCUGGCCUCACAACUUCUUGGGCCUCUUUCUGCUCACCGUGGGCAGCAGUAUCCUCACCGCCUUCCUUCUCAGCCAGCUGGUGCGGCGCAAGCUCCAUCAGAAGGCCCAGUGAAUGGGCGUGGGGGCUCAUAGGGAGGGAUGUACAGAUGGGGUCUGCAGGUCUGGGCUUGUCCCCAGAUGGGGAGGCCUGGUUAAGUUUUUUGUGCCUGGCCUGAGGUGACUCUGCACACUCCUCAGUGGCCAGGGGCAGCACUGGCCAGUCCUUGGAGCUGGGGAUUUGCUGGGAGCUGCUGACGUCCAUUUCUGGGUCUGCCUCAGCUCCCUGUUCUGGGAGAGGGAAAGAGAUAAAGACCUGGGCCACCCUGUUUGCUUCCCCUCAUUGCUUCUCACUCAGGGUGAGGAUGGGGGUGUUGCUUGGGCCAGGAUACCAGGGUUUGGGUUUCUAGAUUAUCUAGAUGGGGCAAAAGGUGGGAUUUAGGCCAGAGUCAUAUUUGAUCUAAAAUACAAUGGUGUCCUCAGCAACUUCCUUUUAUUCGAAUUUCAUUGGUGGCUAUGCUCCAGAUAUGUACAAGAUCUUACCAUUUCUUGAAUUUUGAAGCUAUAGUCCCCAAGGGUAGGAGUGAGGCCAGGGGGGAAUGAAUCCCACCCAGUGCCCUGUAUUUCUUUAGCCACUAGUCCAGUGGAUCCCACAUCUCCUCACUGGGGUUUCUCCAACCAACGCAUCUUGUUCCCAGCCUGCUUCCUGGUUCCCUUGUGCUCCAUUUAGCUAUCCAGACAGUCUUCCCCGGGCCUCUGCUCAGAGGCAGACCAUCAGCUGGGGCUGCAGCUUCAUGCAGAAUGAUAAAGGCUUUUAGAGAGAAAUGGCUGGUAGGGGAGAAACACUGAGGAGGGACUGACCAGUGCUGCCUGGGACUCUCAGGGUCUUGGGAAAGGUGAAUAGAUGGUAAAGAGAGGAAGGGCAUUACAGGCAGAGGGGAAAACUCUAGCAAUAUGAAGUUCAGUGGGGCUGCAGCUAGAGGUAGUUUGGACUCUGACAUGUCCUGAGUACAAUAAAGUGACUGUGAUAAUUGCUGUCUCUUUGCUUUUUCACUCUUGUCCCAGUAAGGGGGCCCUUCCCAGA